UGGGCGGGACAUAAAGCAGUAGUGAUAUGGACACUACAGCCCGGAUAAUUACUAAUGUCGCUAUCUCCUCAGCAAACCAGCUUCUGGUGCACAAAAAUGGGACCAAACAGCAAGACACUGAAACACAAACUGUCACAUGACUCAGAGCUGGAGUUUGGAGGCACUCUGGGUGCCGUAUUCAUUCCCAUUCUUCUUCCUCUGACGGUGCUUUUCCUCAUCGGCACGAGUCGAUCUCCUGAGGCCAGUGUGUUCCAGUGGCCCCCUCAGCUCCCCAGCACAGAGCAGCUCUGGGACCCUCUGGCCCCCGUGGUUCUGUUGGGAUGGAUUGGACUCCAAGCCAUUCUAUAUUUGAUGCCAUUUGGAAAGGUAUCUGAAGGGUUAAUGCUGAGGGAUGGAACGCGUCUCAAAUACUCCAUCAAUGGUUUCCACAGUUUGUGCAUCAGCACCGUGUUGCUGAUGUUGUUACUGGGGCUGGAGGCGCCACUCGGAUAUCUGUUCGAGCUGCUCCUGCCUCUGGCGGCGUCUGCCAUAUCAGUGUCGUUCCUGUUCUCCGUCUACCUCUACAUCCGCUCGUUUUGGGCCCCUUCCCAUGCUCUGGCUCUCGGGGGGAACACAGGAAAUCCCUUGUAUGACUUCUUCAUCGGACGCGAGCUGAACCCUCGGAUUGGAAACUUUGAUCUAAAAUACUUCUGUGAACUCAGACCAGGUUUGAUUGGCUGGGUGGUCAUAAACCUCGGGAUGCUGAUGGAGGAGGUGGAGCUUCGAGGAUCCCCCUCCCUCGCUAUGAUCCUGGUCAACUGCUUCCAGCUGCUUUAUGUAGCCGAUGCUCUGUGGAACGAGGAGGCUGUUCUGACAACAAUGGAUAUUGUCCAUGAUGGUUUCGGUUUCAUGCUGGUUUUCGGUGACCUGGCUUGGGUCCCCUUCACGUACAGCCUGCAGGCUGCCUUCCUGGUGAAGCACCCACAGAUCCUGAGUCUGUUCAAGGCUGCGGCCAUAGUAGCUCUGAACGGUGUUGGGUAUUACAUUUUCAGGAAGUCCAACUCACAGAAGAACCAGUUCAGACGAGAGCCGACUCAUCCGAGUGUUGCAGGCCUGGAGACCAUUGCCACAGCGACGGGGAAACGGCUGCUCGUCUCAGGCUGGUGGGGUCUCGUUCGUCAUCCCAAUUACCUCGGUGACCUCCUUAUGGCGCUGGCGUGGUCCCUGCCAUGUGGAUUUUCACAUAUUUUGCCCUACUUCUACGUCAUUUACUUCACCAUCUUGCUGAUUCACCGAGAYGCUCGGGAUGAGAGACAGUGUCGGGCCAAAUAUGGACUGGCCUGGGACACCUACUGUCGUCGCGUCCCCUACAGGAUCUUCCCAUAUAUUUACUGAAAAUGACAACACUCAGGAGAAARAAAAUUGACACACACCCUUUUCUCAAUUUACGUUUAUUUAAAAUGUAAAUCCAACUUGUCGGUAUYUUGACCAAAGGUCUGCUACUCAUAUCUGCACAGUGAGAUUAUGGUCCUGUCUACACUGCUUUAGAAACUUUUAAAAAUUAUAUAUUUUAGUCUAUUUUUUUGCUUGUUUUUGUCCACACAGGUCCAACGAAAAUGAUGAAAUACUCAUGCUACACCACUAGGUGGCGAUAUACCCACAUAAACAACAUGAAAAAAUAAAAAUGUGCUUAGCGCAGAAAAAAAUAUCUCAAAACCAUUUAGGGUUAUAGUUUGUCAACACAAGAAUGMUUUUUGUGGCUAUGCCAAAAUUUUAUACAGUUUUAGCCUUGCGUUCUCUAUAAAGCAGAUUUUAGGAGCCCCAAAAUGUUAAAUCAAGAACAGGUUCCAAAGUGAUACCGUCAUAAAACACCACCCUUGUGUUUUUAGUCAAAACUAACCUGUUAUUUAGUGAGCAGUAUGUGCUUUUGACCCUUCUAACAUCCCAAAGCACUAACUAGCAUCCCAGUCCUCGUGAAGCAGACCCUCUCAGCUGCAGUCAGCAGGACAUGUUGYCCCCRGCAUGUCCAGAAGGCAACUGAAUUACGCUGAUGAUGAUGUCAUUUUUUGACUUUUACGACUUUUAAYAGCUACUUUCCUUACUGGUGGGUUSGCAACAUUAGUUGUGUUUACAUUUAGCACCCAGCAUGCAWWUGCUCCAUGCCUUGUUUCCUGUUUUAGGUGUAUUUUCAAGGCAGCAUUACAGUGCCCCAUACAGGACUGGCAUAGGUACUACAAUAGUUUAGCUCAUUUCCUUGUGGCUGAAGAUAUUUCUAGAAAUGGUGCCGUGUUUAUGAAAGUGUUUUAUCUAAUAAAAAAUAAUUUUAGGAAAACUACAUUUCUCUUUCUAUAAUGCUCAGCGCUURGUAUAUCAAAUCCCCAUGGAUAGACCGAAAACAAAACUUUUAAAAAUCAGUUUCUCUCUUCAGAACCUGGGUGUGUGGACAAGAAAUCGCUGUUUUUAAAAAUAUCUGAAGUUGUGUAGACGAGGGCAGCCCUAUUUUUUUUCAAUAUCUGCUCUGAAAAGUUGAACAAAUCUGUAAUUAUCAGUGUGUUGUUGUUUUAAUUACUACCUCUGCCAUAGCAUUUGUAUUACAUUAUUUUUUGGUGAAGUGUAUUGUUUAUUAAAAACAUUUACAAUAAAAGCAAAACAGUAAAGGCA